UAUUUGGGCCACCUAAAUACUUAAUGAAUUAAAUGGAAAACGACACGGUGAUUCCUGACAGGGCUGAAUUUAAGUCAAGCUGUGAAACUCCACAGCGCAGCCAGAAGUAGAGCUGGACCAGUCGAGCUGAAACCUGACCACUGCUUCUCAGCAAUUUUACUAAAUUAGCAAGAAGACCUCGGACCCCGGGUGAGACAGGAGAAAUGGAAAGUCCCCCAUGUGUCUCUAUUUUCUUGGUUUUGUGCAUCUUUAUCCAAUCAAGUGCCCAUGGACAAAGCCUGGGACUAGAGCCAUUUGGAAGAAGAUUGAGAGCUGCUGAGACAAUGGAAGCAUCCCAGGAGACAAAGACCAGAUUCCUGCUUUUUGAAGAAGAAAGGGAUAAGGGCUGUCAGAUUCAUCUGAAUCACCCAGACACGUUACAGCAGUGUGGCUUCAACUCCUCUCUGCCCCUGGUGAUGAUAAUCCACGGGUGGACGGUGGACGGCCUCCUGGAAAGCUGGAUUUGGCAGAUGGUCGCCGCACUGAAGUCUGGACUGGCCCAGCCGGUGAACGUGGUGCUGGCUGACUGGCUCACCCUGGCCUACCACCACUACACCGUCGCAGUCCGCAACACCCGCCUUGUGGGCCAGGAGGUGGCGGCUCUCAUCCUGUGGCUGGAGGAAUCUGCCCAAUUUUCUCGAAGCAAUGUUCAUCUAAUUGGGUAUAGCCUGGGCGCACAUGUCUCAGGAUUCGCUGGCAAUUACAUCGGCGGAAAGCACAAGAUUGGGAGAAUUACAGGGCUGGACGCCGCAGGCCCUUUGUUUGAGGGAUCUUCGCCCAACGACCGUCUUUCACCAGAUGAUGCCGAUUUUGUGGACGCCAUUCACACCUUCACCCGGGAGCACAUGGGCCUGAGUGUGGGCAUCAAACAGCCCAUAGCACACUACGACUUCUACCCCAAUGGGGGCUCCUUCCAGCCUGGCUGCCACUUCCUAGAGCUCUACAAACAUAUUACCAAGCAUGGCUUAACUGCCAUCACUCAGACCAUAAAAUGCUCCCACGAGCGGUCGGUGCACCUCUUCAUCGACUCCUUGCUGCAUCCCAGCCUGCAGAGCACGGCCUACCAGUGCGGCGACAUGGACAGCUUCAGCCAGGGCCUGUGCCUGAGCUGCAAGAGAGGCCGCCGCUGCAACACGCUGGGCUACCACGCCCGCCGCGGGCCGCAGAGCAGGAAAAGCAAGAGGCUCUUCCUCGCCACGCGUGCCCAGUCCCCCUUCAAAGUGUAUCAUUACCAGUUCAAGAUCCAGUUCAUCAACCAACUUGAGAAACCAGUAGAACCAACUUUUACCAUGACACUCCUUGGAACAAAAGAGGAAAACCAGAAAAUUACCAUCACUCUGGAUGAAGAAAUUACUAGUAAUAAAACCUAUUCCUUUCUUAUCACACUGGAUUUGGAUAUUGGUGAGCUGGUCAUGAUCAAGUUCAAGUGGGAAAAUGGCGCAGUAUGGACCAAUGUCUGGAACACGGUCCAAACCAUCAUCCCAUGGAGCAGGGGGCCCCUCUACUCAGGCCUUGUUGUAAACACCAUCAAAGUCAAAGCAGGAGAAACCCAACAACGAAUGGCAUUUUGCUCAGAAAACAUGGAUGGCCAACAGCUCCCCCAAACCCAGGAGAAAACCUUUGUGAGGUGCGACAUAAACUCUCAAAAAUUGAAAAGGAAGAUCAGAUGAGCUUUCAUGAAGCCCCGGCGCGAAGAAUAAAUGAUCUGAUUCCUCAUCUGGAAUGGUUACUUUCUUUGGAAACCCAAGUUAUAUAAACAAUCUUGCAUAAAGUUUAAACAAAGUUUAGCUUUAAAGGAGGAGUGUGUUUCACUAUUCUAAACUGAGCAGUUUAAAAAACUAUAUUAUGUAACAGUAUUCAAAUAUUGGUGUAACUAAAAAUUUCCCAAUUGUAUCUUUGAUUAAAUGGUAAUAUAUGCAAACAUAAGUACCAAGAAGAGCCAUUUUAAAUCCACUGUCCUGAGUUAAAAUGUCUUUUACAAUUAAGUCAAAUUUCCCAUAUUUCCAUCCUAGUUUAUUCUGAUCCAUUUUUUGAACCACACUGCAGAAGUACUUCUUUAUGACAGAACUAAUGUUUCAGUAAAAUGACAUUCCAGUUAAUCACUAGUUGUAUGUCCCCAAGUAUACACAUGCUUUAAGACAAUUCAGCUCACUACAGGAAGAAAAAUUCUAAUUAAUAGCUGCCAUCAUGCAGAUUAUACAAUUAUUUCACUGAAUCCAACCCAUAAAAGUAGAAUUCUGCUAAAACUACGAAUGGCAACAUGAAAGCUGGACAGUUGGUCAUGUUAACAAUGAAAUUACUAUUGCAAGAAAUACAAUCUUUCUCUUCUACUGAUGCUUGCAACAAAAGCUACUGGAAGUUUACCUCAAAGAGUUAGAUGGCAAAUUUCAAACUGUCCAAUAAAUGAAACGAUGAUGUUUGAACCAGCAAAUUCCACCACAAAGCAUAUGAAGGAAACACUAGACAUGGUCAUGACUUGUGUACGUGUUUCAAGUAACUCAAGAAGAGGAAGAGCACAUCGGGCGUACUAUACAACCUGAGCUGGUAAAAAACAAAUCCUGAAGAGAUGCCCGCCUCUGAUGCCUCUGAUUUAAGACCACCUUGCAUGAUUCGCUUUUAUUUCCCUUGGAAAGACCCACAAAACUAAAGACGGGGGUGGGGUAAUAGGGAGGAAAAACAGCUUGGCCAAUGUGGCCUCCUGUCCCGAAUGCCAAUCCUGCCUGCAGAAGUACCUGCCCACACUUUUGGGUCAAGUGUGUUAUGUGUGUCCAGAAAUGACAGUCAAAUGAAUGUGUCCCACUAUGUCUAAAAUGCUAAGAUUUACAAUAAGAUCACAUUUGCAUGGAUUGGGCAUGUUUUAUCAUUAACUGAACCAGAAGGAAUUUAAGGCGACACUUUUUUAAAAACAACCUGAAGACACUCUUGGCUAUCCACCUGCAGAGUCAAUGCACACGUAUACCAGGAAGCACAGAAAGGAAAACCCGUAUCAGCCUUGGAGUCGUGACAACCAGAAAUAGCCCAAAUGGCCACCAGUACAACGCAUAAGGGAACUGGGGUAUAGUCUUACAAAUGGACUGUUCACCAGAGGGGACAACCAUGAACCAAGGCUACACACGCUAUAGGAACAGGGCCGAUUCUAGGGUGAAGAUACCCAGUGAGGCGCCCAGGGUUCAAAAUUUAAGGGAGUGCUCGAGGGUUUGUAUGUUGGCACAAAGACACAAAAAAUACAUCCAGUGUAAUACAAGCCAAACUAAACUAUAUUGUUCGAGAUGGAUAUAUACGUGAUAAAAC